GAGGAUUGGCUCCUCCCCGGCCGGGGAGCGCUCUCUCCCCGAGUCGCGGCUGUGACCCAGGUGGCCCGCCUCGGGCAGCCAGAGCAUCCAGGAUGGGCACCCCAGCCUCUGUGGUGAGUGAGCCGCCCCUUUGGCAAGCUCCAGCCGAAGCCCGGGGCCGCAAGCAGGCCUCGGCCAACAUCUUCCAGGACGCUGAGCUGUUGCAGAUCCAGGGCCUGUUUCAGCGCAGUGGGGACCAGCUGGCUGAGGAGCGAGCACAGAUCAUCUGGGAGUGUGCAGGAGACCACCGUGUGGCAGAAGCCUUGAGGAGGCUGCGUAGGAAGAGGCCCCCCCGGCUGAAACCACUGGCCCACUCACUGCACCACUGCAGCCGGCUCAGAAUCCCCGAGCCCUGCGCUCCACUGGCCAACCCACAGAGUGGUAGCACGGAGACAGCUUCUGGUGAUCAGUAUCUGAACUCCAGGAGGACAAGUGCCAGGAUCCGCCGGAACUGGAAGAAGCCAGGCCCUACAAGCUACCUCCAUCAAAUCAGACACUGAUCCAGGGAAGGAGCUGGGAAUAGCAUUAUCUUCCCCAGGAAUUACAGGGACUUUUGCCAAAAGGCCCAGGAGGUAAAGAAGGAGGAGAGACUGGAGACAGAUAGCCCCACAGGGGUAAAUGAAAGACUACUGCCACUGGCCUGCUCCAUUUGGAACAGGACUGGAAAUGUCUCCUGAGCUCUAGGUUAUAUGGGACCCAUUCCUCACCAGAAUGAGAAGAAACCGCGCCUCAGCUCUUCCCAUCUAACAGUACACCUGGGCUGCAUGAUAUUCCCCUAAGUGUUGGACACUCACACUGAGCAUCUCACCACUCCUGCUACUAACCCUCCUGUUCCUGCUAUAACCCACAGUCCAGCAGCCUGCCCACAUCCCUGCCCCUGUCAGGCUAGCACAAGGAAACUGUGGUUUAAGUGGCAAAAUAAAAACAUUUGCAUCAA